CAAGAAAUUCAAAAGUCUCAGAAAGAUGUCCAGAUCUUAGAGUCUGAUAUCAGAAAGCGCAAUGCAUAUAGUUAUUAUCGGUCAAAGGCUUCUUUCUUUAGGAAAGGCCUUGCGUGUGUUGAUCAACUUCCAACCUGCAAAGCAGUUUUUAAAAGAUAUAAUCAGAUGGAUGUUCAUGGAGAAUACGCGCCAUUCAUUGGCUGUAUAAAUGGAUCA